AUGACGGCUGAUCAAGGUUUCACCCCGCCCGGCGUCCUUAGGGCUCCAGAACCAGUCGGCCACUUUGAAAUUGCCCAGACGUUUUAUUUUCCCCAGGCGAAACCAAAACUCCUCCGUCAAAUUCCCAUAUGGCCCAUUAUUGUCGGUCUGGUACUCGGCAUCAUUCUCCUAGCUCUGCUUAUUAUUCUGCUCUACCGGUUCGGAUUUUUCCGCCGGCGAAAGCAUAUACUCACCAAAUCGUCUAAGGCGAACAAAAAUUACCAGGCUCCGGCAGUGACAGCCGUCAACAACGCCGAUGAGACUGACAAUGGAGGAUUUGGAACCCUGCUGAGCGUAGAGGCCGCUCGCAAACGUCGCCGCAAGCUACUUAAACAUCCAGAGGAGGUGAGCAUACUUCAUCCGGACGACCUACGCAAAGCAAACAUCAACGAGCUUGCCGAUGAACCCACACCCCUGUAA